GGGCGUCUUUAGUGGCUGUGGCCCCGAACCGACCCUCUUUACGCGUCCACCUACCAAGUCACUUAUUCUCGAGCGCGUCACUCCGCCGCAGAGUAGAGCGUGGGUUCGUUCCUCUUUGUUUAGCAGCACGUCAACGAUCAACUCGCCAACGUGGGCAUUUUGGCAGUACAUGAGUCGUCUGUUUCCCUUUUUGAGCCCCAUCUCAUAUCCGCAUACUGGUUGUGAUUCCUGGAGACGCCGAUAAUCUCGACCCUGCAAGAUGCUGAGCACAAUGGCACCCGCAUCGCCACAUCUCCCAAUCUUCACCUACGACUUCACAGCCGCCGCAUCCCACCGCCCCAUCCACUCGUCGCCUCUCUCCAGCUCGCCCCUACGCCCCUCGCAGACGUCGCCGCUGCCUCUGUCGUCACGAGAUCCUAACGCGUUGCCGCGACGCGACUUCAACUCUUCGCCGACAAAACCCGCGCCCCAGAGUUCGGAAAAGUCCAAAUGGACAAAGUUUGACACGCGCGAGGCCAAGAAGAACCCCCUGAGGCAGAACCGCGAGAGCGCAUCCGAGGGCAGGCGGAAGCUCUUCCUCAAGAACGUGAGGCAGAGGCAAGACGACAAAGCCUGGGAACGGAGAGGUGGAGAUCAGGAGGUCCUCAAACUCGAGUGGUCAGCCCUGGACAGGAGGCGGCGGCAGCAGAAGGACACGGAUAUUGAUGGACUAGUAUUUGAGCAGGAUUUGGAGGACAUUCCCGAGUACCCCACAGCACAGCAACCUGCCCCCGACGAGGACGACACCAUGGUUGACUCGCACGCAAUGGAAGAAGAGGCAGAACUGGAUGCAAUGCUCUCAGCUUAUGAGGCGCACAGCCCGCAACAGGCGCCUUUACAGAGACUAGAUUCGCCAUCGUUGUCCGACGACGAGUACGACAACCUGUUCAUGGAUUUGCUGUCGCUGCCGCCGAAUCGGCAGCAAAGCCAAGAGAGUGGAGACUUGGCGUUGUCUGGCCAGAUGGAUCUUUCGUAAUUCCAUUCUUGGUUUUCUGCAUUUCGAGUUUCGAUACCAACCUGCAAUUCAGGAGUUUUGGUCAUGGUCAAGGUCUUGUCAUUUCAGGUGUUGGUAUGUCUAUAAAGGUCGGGUUUCCUAUGUUGGGCAUAGGUAUUGCAAU